AUGAAGCGAGACGGUAAAAGGAGAAGACUCAAGAUCGGGAUUAGACCCCAGCUCAUCAUCCUUGUGGGUUUUUCGUCGCUUUUCUCCCUUCUUAUCCUCGCCUUGGUCGCCGGUGUCUAUUUCCUGGGUAAUUUGGCGUCUUUGCGUGCUGAGAGGUUGGAGGUUAUCGCCCAGAUCAAAAACACUCAAGUCCAGCAGUCCAUCCAGUAUCUAUUCUACCAGACCUACUGGCUAUCCACAAAGGAUGGAGUCAGCGAGCCCUUGCUGAACUACAGAGCGGGCAACAAUUCGAGGGACAUCUUUGGCGAUGCUCAGGUCGCUCUAGAUCUGUUUUUAUCGUCGUCAGAGAUGUUCGCCCUGGCGGCGUUGUACGACUUGAACUCCAACAUCGUGGCAGAAUCACGAAAUAAUAACACAAACGUCUCGUCGGCUCUCGAUUCUGUGCUCUAUGCCUUGGCGGAAAACACAACGUCCGACACAAACCCUCCCAUCACAAAUGCAUACUUCACCGGCCCUCUACCGAAUGACACAUCCACGAAUGCUACAUACUUCAUAGGUAUAACGCUACCGGUGUACUCCAAUACGUCCAUUAUCCUAGAAUCCGCAGCUGUGGCUGGUUACCUUACCGUUAUUGCAAACGCAGAAAUGAUCAAGACCUCCCUACUGUACUAUACACUGCUGGGUGAUAACAAAUACUCAGUCUCCUUGAUCAAGGCCUACUACCAGAACGAAACUGUUGCUGGUAUAGGACGGCACGCGAUUGGUUUCGAGCUACUAUUCCCGGUAGAAGGCGAAACAACCAUGCAAGCUAAUCGAUUCUAUCCGAUAGACUCAUCAGAUGCUGUAAAAGAAGCAAUAGUCAAUCAGCAGGGUGUCGUUCAGAAUGCAAAGUCGCUAGAUAACACUCGUGUUGCAGCGGGAUACGGCACCAUGAACGUCGACGCCCAUAACUAUUGGACUGUGAUGAUAGAACAACGAAGAUCUACUUUCCAAAGUCCAAUGAAAAAGCUUCAGAACAUUAUGAUCGGUGUCGUCAUUGGUAUUGGUGCAUUCAUGUGUCUAAUAACAUUCCCACUUGCAGUUUGGUUCGUGGCCCCGAUCACUCGCCUUAAAAAUGCUACGGAAGCCAUCACAAGAUCAAGAAAAGGCAAGAAGGGUGGCGGUGGUGGCACGGGUGGUUACGGCAGUAAUCCUUACGGCGAUGGUUCAAGUACACACAAUGACGAUGAUGCACCUAUCGACCCUUCGCCUGAUCCAGAAGGCAACAUAGAAAAGGCCCCAAUCUCAAAGAGAAACUCCGUCAAUUCAGUGACAUCUGGAUCUACUGCAUUCUCCACCGGCAUUCGUCUUCCUGAUCGUAUACCUCCAUCCAAAAAGCUCUUCAAAGAUGAGUUGACAGAAUUGUCUGACGCAUUCAAUAUCAUGACUGAGGAACUCGAGAAGCAGUACUCGCAUCUCGAAGACCGUGUGAAGAUGAGAACCAAGGAACUUGAGGCAUCUAAGAUCGAAGCUGAAGCCGCUAACGAGUCUAAAACAAUUUUUAUCGCCAACAUUUCGCAUGAGCUCAGAACACCUCUUAAUGGUAUUUUGGGUAUGACCUCCAUUGCCAUGGACGACAACGAUCCACUGCUGAUUCAUGACUCCCUCAAAUUAAUCCAUAGAUCUGGUGAACUCCUUUUGCAUAUCUUGACAGAACUUUUGACGUAUUCUAAGAACACAUUGAACCGUUCGAAGCUUGAAAAAUCCAACUUCCAGGUUUUGGAGAUCCUUUACCAAAUCAAAUCCAUUUUCGGUAAGCUAGCACUUGACCAACGUGUUAACUUGAACAUCAGCUUACGUCCAAACAUCUUGAGAAAGCUUAUCCUUUACGGAGACUCAAACAGAAUUAUUCAAGUGGUGAUGAAUCUUGUGUCGAACAGUUUGAAGUUUACACCGGUUGAUGGCUCAGUUGAUGUCACAUUUAAACUUUUAGGUGAAUAUGAUCACGAGCGCUCUCAAGCUGUUGAUUAUGAGAGAGUCUACGUUAAGAGGGAUGAAUUUUUGCUGACUCCAAGUGAGAUGCCACCACUUACGAAGCAUCUGUCAACAACAGCAAGUCAGCGUCGUACGUCUCAGACUAGCGCCAACGGUUUCUUUUCGCUUAAAAAAAAUGAGUCGGAAACGAAGCCCACGCAAACUAAGCAAAAAGAUGAUGACGACGCCCAGAGUAUCGUGACGCUUUCCACUGCAGAGUACGAAAAUGCAAUUUUCAACUCACAGUUUAACAAUAACAAGUCAUUACCGGACACGCCUCGAACUCGGCCACUGGUGUCACCUGCUACAUCAGUUAACAGCAGCUCUGGUGAACAACAAAACGGACUGAAAACUCCAAUUGAUGCGAUGGAGAAAUCGUCGCCACUUCAGAAGAGCACCUCUCUGGCUUCGGUCAAGUCUCUCAAAUCCAGCGGUGUUCACGAAGCAGAGGUUGAAAAGUCUGCAUCGACGGAGGAUACAGCUCGAAAGGACAACUCAUCGACUGUUGAGCCAUUUCCAUCCAAUGGCCUUCAGCACACUGCGACUCGAUCAAUGGAUGGUAAUUUGGAGAAGCACGCUAGUAAUCGUGACCUGCACCACAUGUCUGUCACUGGCUUCAUAUCUAACAGUGAGCUUGUCAAGAACGAUAAGAUUUACAGGAUGAGAAAGCUUUACGUCCCACGUUCAUGGGUUCUUCAGAUUGAAGUGAGAGAUACUGGAUCUGGUAUCGAACCAGCAUUGCAAGAGAAGGUGUUUGAGCCAUUUAUUCAGGGCGAUCAAACUCUUUCAAGAAGUUAUGGUGGUACGGGUCUUGGUUUGUCUAUUUGUCGUCAAUUGGCAAAGAUGAUGAAGGGUACUUUGACUUUAAAAUCCACAAUUGGACAAGGAUCGACCUUCACUUUCACGGUACCACUCCCUCAAAAUGGCGAAAUAGUUGUUCCAGAGGAAGAAAUGGAGGAGUUUAGCAACGAUGUCUUCAACCCAGAUUCGAAGGUGAACAAGAAGGUUGCUUUCGAUGUGACCGAAACACCAAGUGAGCCAAAGGACGUUGCUAGUACGCCAGAGAUUUCAGAAUCAUCCCCAAGCAAGGCAACAUUAUCGCCAAGCGGAAAUGGAUCUGUAACUAGUCCCGCAUCUCCUCUGAAGCGCAGCUUACAUAUUAGCCUUCCUCAGAGACACAACAGCCACCUUUCCUCGACAGGAACAGCUGAGCACAGCAAGAGCAAGACCAGUAUUCUUGAUGAUUUGACUCACCUCAGAAUAUUGGUUGCCGAGGACAAUUCAGUCAAUCAAGAGGUCAUAAGAAGAAUGCUUCGUCUUGAAGGAUUUGAGAACAUCACCAUGGCAAGCAAUGGUGUUGAGGCAGUGGAUUGUAUCAAGAACUCUUACGACACUGGCGAGUUUUUCAAUAUUGUUUUUAUGGAUGUGCAGAUGCCCAAGAUGGAUGGUUUGACAGCCACCAAGCUUAUCAGGAACAAUCUCAAGUUCCGCAAACCAAUUAUUGCUCUCACUGCAUUUGCAGAUGAGAGUAACGUGAAGGAGUGUUUGAGUUCCGGCAUGUCUGGCUUCCUCUCCAAGCCUAUCAAGAGAACUAAUUUACGUCAAAUCAUAACUGAGUUCAGCACUGAGGUGUUGAGCGAGAUUGUGACCACACCUGUGACGUACAACGACGAUGACGAACGAAGACUUGCGCUCUAG